ACAAACACUACGACGGCUGUGCGAGUCGGCAGCAAACCGCGCCACGUGUUGCGUCGUCCGAGCUGCUGUUGAGUAGAUCGUUUCAUCGCACGCUACACCUACAAACAGCGCUAUGAGACGUGCCUGUCUAUGCCGACGGACACCGUACCUCCCAUCGCAAUGUGGUUGAGGACAAGUAGCUAUAUUACGUUGGCCGCGGUAAUACUCGCUGCAUGGCCGACGACGACGCGGCGCGGCUCACCAAGCGGCUCUACAACCGGCGCAAGCAGCGGGAGUUCCGCGAGCGCCUCGAAGGCAAGCUCUCCGAGCUGCGCGCGCUCGUGACGACGUUGGAAGCCGAGCUCGAUCGGCGACGACCGCAAGCGAAUAAGAGCGCGCUGCUGCUGCCAUGGGCCGACGUCGCAUCGGCCCUUGUCUCUUCCGCCAACGACGCAUCGCGCUGCCACCACAACCUGCGCGUCCACGCCGAGCGACUCGAGACCGUGUACCGCACACUGCAUACGUGGGUGCAUCAACCGCACUUCAUCCACCCAGCCUGCUACGCGGUCCGCGACAGCCGUACCUUUACCAGCACCCGCGUCGGCCUUGCCAUCGACCUGAACGUCCGGCGGCUCAGCUGCGAGUGGCUCCUUGACCGCCUCUACUUCAACGCCGAAGCACUGUUAGAGGCGCACGGGCUACCGCGCGGCGCGCCAAUGACGCAUGACACCAACGUCAACUUCUUGUUCGAUGUCAAUGACGCAGGCACGCACGAGUACGCCACCGCACGGCAACACCUCUUGCGCACAUCGCUCUCGCACACGGCCAGCGCCUACACCCUCAUGGGCCGCGACGGCGACGGCGACAGCAGCGUCGCGCUCGCCGGUCGGCGUGUCCUCGACCCCGAGCUGGUCGAGAUGCUCGCAGCCAAGAACAUAGUCUACUCCCAGUCCAUGUACCAUCGGCACGGAGCUCCGUGGCGCGACAACCGCCUCUGGCGCGUCUACACGUCGCCCGACAGCGUCGUGGUCGUGAGCCAAAACGUCCACGACGACCCGCGCAACCCGGUCACGCCGCUUCAGCGCUUCCGCUACGUCAUGUACGCACGUCUUUAUCCUCACUGAGGGCAGCAUCUAUGAGGUACUAGCAUCGCGGUCGAUGCCAUCGAUGCGAAUCGCGUCCGUAUUCGCGAGCUCAAGUACUGCUCGCAGUCGUUUGACGACGUGGCUUUUGUGCCCCUGCCCAUUGAAGCGCAGCAGUUUGGUAUCGACGUGAGCUCCGUUGCGGCCGCCGACGCCCAGCAAGCCGCGCUGCUCCAGCACGUUCAUCGCGACGUCACAUCGUUCGAAGCCGCCUGGGACCGCGCGUUCGACACGGCAUUGCGUCGGACACCGACACCAAGCCACCCCGUGGAUAACCCUACACCUAACACACCGUAAACGACAAAGCAAAUCGACACUUCGGGUGUUGUCGACUCGU